AUGUCAAGAUUGUGGAUUUUGCUAUGCCUAGCUCUGCUUUUGGUUCCCUGGCAGAUGUCUGAGGCCAGAGGAGGAGGGGGAGGUGGACACGGCGGUGGAGCUGGAGGUGGACACGGUGGUGGACAUGGUGGUGGACACGGUGGCGGACGCGGCGGUGGAUUCGGCGGUGGACGCGGCGGUGGAUUCGGCGGUGGACGCGGCGGUGGAUUCGGCGGUGGACGCGGCGGUGGAGGGCGUGGUCGAUACGGGGGAGGUGGAGGAUACGGAUUCGGUAGCGCCCGACCAUACUAUGGCUACGGCGGAUAUGGUCGGUAUAGAGGCUAUGGAUACGGAGGCGUUAUACCUGUGCCUUUGCCUAUUCCCCUGCCGGUGGCCUACAGCAGAUGCUACUACGACGACUACGGCUACUACACAUGCUGA